AUGACGGCAAUUUAUAGAAUUUUAAAUGCACGCAUGCAAACGCUGGCACAAGUUGUAGUAGUAGUUUUGGCAUGUCAAGAAAUGCUGUCGCAGUGGGGGCUGGCGACAGGAAUGCAAGAGGUAAAGCAAGAAGCUACUCAAAUCCAAAAUCGCUUUAAAGCAUUUGCAAGGAGUUUGCGUUUACUACGCGGCGAGCCACCACUGAAAGGAAAAGUGAAUUUAGUGCACAAGGAUGUGGUGCAAGAAUUGUGGAUGGAACAGAAAUUGGAUCAUUUUGAUGAAAGGAAUAAUAAAACUUGGUUAAUGCGUUACUUUCGCAACGACCACUACUUUCAACCAAAAGGUCCAAUUUUCAUUUUCGUUGGCGGCGAAUGGGAAAUUACGCCCACAUAUCUCUUGACGGGACAUAUGCACGACAUAGCUAGGCAGCAUAACGGCAUGCUUUACUAUGUGGAACAUCGUUUCUAUGGUCGCAGUUGGUCUUUGGGUGAUGCUGGCGUCGUAAACUUGAAGUACCUGAGCUCACGCCAGGCCCUAGCCGACUUGGCGCAUUUUAUUCAGCAGCUAAAGUUCAGUGAAGCUGAGUUGGCAAAGUCCAAAAUUAUACUUACGGGAGCUUCUUACUCUGCCAGCUUAGUGGCUUGGUUUGCUAGACUAUAUCCGAACUUAAUGAGCGCUGGUUGGGCUUCAAGUGCACCGUUGUUGGCUAAACUGGAUUUUUAUGACUACAUGCAGCAAGUGGGAAAUGUUAUUCAACAUCAUGGUGGUCAUGAAUGCACUGAACGCCUGGAGGCUGGCCUUGAACGCAUUGCGACUUUACUCGAGUCCUCGAAUGCCUCCAAGCUACUACAGGCUCUUCGCAUAUGCAAUAAUUUCAAAACAACCAACCAACUGGAUCGCGCUGCACUUUUCAAUGGCAUUGGCAAUUAUUUCGCCGCUUAUGCGCAGCUGUAUGACGAUCAAGUGAGUAGCAUUUGUGCCACACUCAUUACCGCAACUGCCGAUGCAAACGACUUGACAGCCUUCAUACAAUUCAUCAUGCAGAUUUUCUGGCCGGAGGCAUUAGAGCGCACAAAAUCCGAGGACUGGUGCAUAGAUUUGUCAUACGCAGGCAUGGAAUCCAUCUUCGCCGAUGACACAGACCAGCUAAGCGGCACACGUCAAUGGUUUUACCAGAGCUGUCACGAAUUUGGUUGGUUCGCCACCACCGCCAGCAGCAAAAACGCGUGGAGCAACAACGGCAAUAGCAAUAACGGCAGUCACAACAUCCGACCGAAGGACAUUCGUCAAGCAGCGCUACUACGCCGCCAUGAACAGCCGUCCACAUUGGCCUAUUCAUUUGGCCGCCAAGUGCCACUCAAUUAUUUCCAACAACUUUGUCGUGAUGUUUUUGACCCACUCGCCACUGGUGGCGAUGACAUUUCCACCAACGUUCAACAAACAAAUAAACAUUUUGGUGGACUCACUGCCGCCGCCAUAACGCUACAACAGCGUGUCAUCUUCACUCACGGUCAACUGGAUCCCUGGCGUGUUGUUGGGCUGCAGGAGGGUAAUAAUGUUAUUAUGAUACCAGACUACUCUCACACCGCUGACUUGGAUUCCAUAAACUUCGACGAUGCCGUGGAAAUGAAUGUAGCUAAGCUAAAGGUUGCCGCCUUUUUGCGUCGCGCCUUAAGAACAUAA